UAAGCCUUAAAUCUUUAUGAUAGACUAUCUGAUUAGCAAAAAAAAAAAAAAAACUGUGAUGUUUGUUUUACUGGACUUUGAUUAGCAGUUUCAUACUUGAUAUGGAUCCAUAGGGUGUUUUUUCUUCACAAACAAACAUUAAAAAAAGACUUUGUUAAAAGGAAAAGAGACAGCUGAUACCUUGAAACAAUGGCAAUUGACAGUGAGUUUGGUGUGAAGAGCAGCAGCAUCAUCAAGGAAUGGAGCGGACAGGUCCACCCUGCCCUGGUUGCCUCUUUCGUUUUCCUCUUCUUCCUGGAAGCCUGCCUGUGGGUCAGAAACCUCAGGCUCAAGAGAAGACUGCCAGGACCCUUCGCCUGGCCUGUGGUGGGCAACGCCAUGCAGCUGGGUCAGAUGCCUCACAUCACUCUGGCCAAGCUUGCCAAGAAGUACGGCAAUGUGUACCAGAUAAGACUGGGCUGCAGCGACGUGGUGGUCCUCAACGGAGACCAGGCGAUACAUCAGGCACUGAUUCAACACAGCACAGAGUUCGCAGGCAGACCAAACUUUGUUUCUUUCCAGAUGAUCUCUGGAGGCAGGAGCUUGACGUUCACUAAUUACAGCAAACAGUGGAAAGCACACAGGAAAGUUGCCCAGUCGACUCUCAGAGCGUUUUCUUCUGCAAACAGUCAGACCAAAAAAGCCUUUGAGCAGCAUGUGCUGGCAGAGGCCACAGAACUGGUGCAGACAUUCCUACGUCAGAGCACUAAUGGACAGUGUUUUUAUCCAGCUUAUGAGUUUACAGUAGCUGCUGCUAACAUUAUGUGUGCUCUUUGCUUUGGAAAGAGGUAUGGACAUGAUGACCAAGAGUUCAGAACCUUGUUGCAGAGAGUAGACAAGUUUGGGGAGACAGUUGGGGCAGGUAGCUUGGUAGAUGUCAUGCCCUGGCUGCAGUCCUUCCCUAAUCCAGUCAGAAAUGUCUAUGAAACCUUUAAAGUCAUAAACAGUGAGUUUUUUUCUUAUGUUAAAGAUAAAGUCGUACAGCACAGAGAGUCCUUUAACCCUGAGGUGACCAGGGACAUGAGUGAUGCCAUCAUUAAAGCAAUUGAGCACAGAGAGGAGAGCAAGUUGGAAAGGGAGUUUGUUGAAGCAACUGUCACUGAUCUGAUUGGAGCAGGCCAAGAUACUAUGUCGACAGUCAUGCAAUGGAUUCUUCUCUUGCUGGUCAAAUACCCAGACUACCAAGCUAAACUGCAGCAGCUCAUUGACAAAGUGGUAGGCCAAGACCGGCUGCCGUCAGUCGAGGACAGAAGCAAUCUGGCUCUCCUGGACGCCUUCAUCUAUGAGACUAUGCGCUUCACCAGCUUUGUCCCCUUCACAAUCCCACACUCGACUACAGCGGAUGUCACCAUCGAAAGCCUCCACAUCCCCAAGGACACGGUUGUCUUCAUCAAUCAGUGGUCGGUCAACCAUGACCCCCAGAAAUGGAAGGACCCCCAUGUGUUUGAUCCCAAGCGUUUCAUAGACGAGAAUGGAGCCCUCGACAGAGACAGAACCAGUAGCGUGAUGAUUUUCUCAACAGGUAAGAGACGCUGCAUCGGCUCUCAGAUUGCCAAAGUGCAGGUGUUUCUGUUUGCAGCGGUCCUGCUGCAUCAGCUCACCUUUGAGAGUGAUUCAUCCACGUCUCCUACUCUGGACUGCGCCUACGGCCUCACGCUGAAGCCCCUUCACUUUAAUGUGAGAGCGAAGCUCAGGGGAAAGUUGCUUGGUGUGGUUUCUCCAGCAUAAACACAAUGUCCUGAGGCCGUGACUGUUAAACACAUUUUUUCACCAGUGACAUUCAUUAGUGAGUAUAAUUAUACUUGCACAAAAUUGUUUUGAUAUAUAACAAGAAUAUUUAAUUCAUGUAUUAGAUUUGCUGUUAAUGCCUAACUAAAACAGUAAUUUCAAAGAUGUCUCCAGCAAAUGAAACAAAUUCAUGAACUGUUAAGAUAAAUGAAAUAUCUGCUUCUCUGAAUGCUCUACACUUAACAAGAUCUAUCUUAGAAAUAUGUGCUUAUUUGUUAUCUAUGGAGCAUUAAUAUGUGUGCAGAAGUGACAUUUAAACUACAGAUGUAUAUUAAAUACUUGUGAAUCUUAUGACACUUGAAGGCCCACUGUUCUCAACUGUUGUAUGCAAAAAUGUAUUGUAACUUUGCCACAUAAUUCAUAUUUAAUGCAAAAAUUGUUUAAAUGUAAUCACUAUCUACUGUAUUUAAAGCAUAAAAGCGAAACAUAAAAGGGCAAUGAGCUUGUCUGAGAAAUCAGACGUGAGAAAGGAAUCUUUCAUCUGGAAGGAUCCACAGCUUUUACGAGGAGAUGGAUGAGACAUCACUGGGGACCGCAAGCAAUAACAGACUGUCUGCAUCAAAGCUUCACUUUCACUGUACAAGCACUGCAGCUACAACUAUGCCAAGCCCCCCUUUUUUCCCUAGUACAACAAAACACAUGUGCAAGACAUGUCUCUCACUCGUGAGGCAUUCUUAAAACCAUGUUUGUUUAUGGUACAGUUUUUCAAAGCUACACGAAUGUCAGGUUCCCUUUAAGCCUCUGUGUUCAAGAACUGAUGUCGUAAUGCCCGACAGACACUUUCUGCCUGUGUCAAGGUAAAAAAUUAACACCGGUCGGCCUCACAUGAUGAAGCUUCCAAUCUGGUACUGCUCUGACUUUUGAGGCCUACUGAGCCUUUAUAUAUUGGAAAAAAUAAGCUGUAUUUAAAAUAAAUCAAGUGAAUUGUAAA